UGCUUGUGGGAUCAAGUUUGAAGCAUCGUGAUUGGCUCUCUCUCUCUCUCUCUUCUGAAGAACCUUAAUAAGGAUGGCUCUACAAGAAUACCUGCUGAAGAAGAGAGUCGGAAGAAAGCAGAGAGAGAGAGAGAGCUGAAUGAAAUAAAGCUGAAAGUUUAAAAGCCAAUUUAAAAGGAAAGCUGAUGAGGUAAACCGAAAGAAGGAGCUUUUCUUCUUCCUCUCUCUCUCUCUCUCUAUGUCCUAGCCUAGGGAAGCCUUCUAGCAGUAUCUUCUCUCUCCCCACCCCCACCUCUCUAACCCAAUCUCUCAGCUCGUUUGGUUUUUGCUUAUCAUUAAUCUUUAUUUAGAAAGUGAUCAGAGGAUUGGCUUCCUUCUUAGUCUUACAUAUAUUAUUGAAGCAAUCACACAAAGAAGAGAAGUGAGAAUUCCCCACCCAUGUUAGGAAACAACACUUCUUCCUCAGUUCCUUCUUCUGAUCCAUUUUCUUGCUUAGAAAACGGUAGUAACAACAAGAGGAAAAGAAGGCCGGCAGGAACUCCAGAUCCAGAUGCAGAAGUGGUUUCUCUAUCACCCAAAACACUAUUGGAAUCGGAUCGGUAUGUCUGCGAGAUCUGUAACCAGGGAUUUCAGAGAGACCAGAACCUUCAGAUGCACCGGCGAAGGCACAAGGUGCCAUGGAAGUUGCUGAAGAGAGAGAAUCCAGUGGUUAGGAAGCGAGUUUUCGUGUGCCCCGAGCCAAGCUGCCUGCACCAUGAUCCGUGCCAUGCUCUGGGUGAUCUCGUUGGGAUAAAGAAGCAUUUCAGGAGGAAGCAUAGCAAUCACAAGCAAUGGGUCUGCGAGAAAUGCUCCAAAGGUUAUGCAGUUCAAUCAGAUUACAAAGCUCACCUCAAAACCUGUGGCACCAGAGGUCAUUCUUGUGAUUGCGGUCGUGUUUUCUCAAGGGUGGAAAGUUUCAUUGAACACCAAGAUGCUUGUAGCAUGGGGCCUCUCCGGCCGGAUUCACAACCACUGCAGACAGCUGCUUGCUUGUCUCGAACGGCCUCAAGUCCGAGCCCAUCCAGUGAAACCAAUUUCAGCACAGGUCCUUGGUCUAGUGCUUUAGCAGUGCCAAAGCCAACGGUACCACCAGAUCAAACCACGUUCUUGAACCCUACUACUGCAGGAGGAAACUCAUCAUCGAAGAAUCCCAGCUACCACAAUCUAGAGCUUCAGCUCUCGACGACAUCGAAUCCCAUGAUUGAUUCCUCGGUUUCCCCAAAAAGAGAUGAUCACAAUCACUCUACCCAACUCCAGCUCUCAAUUGGGUCAUGUGAAUUUGGAGAGAAGAAUGAAUCCAACAACAUCAAUAAUCGAAACUCGUCCAAGGAGAGCAUUAAUAUUAUUACUAGUGAUAAAUCUGUGGUGGCUGCUUCAAGGCUCAAAGAACAUGCGCGAGAGCAGUUAAGGCUAGCCAUGGCAGAAAAGGCGUAUGCCGAAGAGGCUAGACAGCAAGCAAAGCGACAGAUUGAACUAGCAGUGCUGGAGUUUGAUAAUGCAAAGAAACUUAGGCAACAAGCGCAGGGUGAAUUAGACAAAGCGCAGGCUCUGAAAAAUCAUGCAAUCAAGCAAGUUAACUCGGCAAUUCUUCAAGUUACGUGCCAUUCCUGCAAGCUGCAAUUUCAAGCCCGAGCUGCAAUGGUGCCUCCUGAUGAGAACUCUUUGGUGUUGAGUUACAUGUCGUCUGCCAUAACAACAGAUCAGGGUGAAGUAGAGAACGACAAUCGAACUCAUGAUCAUGCAAAAUCAGCUAACCCAUAAAUGAUCUCUCUCUCUCUCUCUACUUCCAUAUCUCUGUUAACUUUUUUUCUUCCUGUCUUCCAAUAUACCAAGUGAGUUGUUGUGGUUGUCUCAGGUUGAUAAUUAGAAGAGUGUACGUUGUAUCUUGAAAUUCAUCUGUUGUUAUUUGUUCA